AUGGUCAAGUUAGGUUUCAUCUCGGCCCUCGUAUGGGCCGCCGGCCUCGCCGUGGCCACACCCAGCCCGGCACCACUUGUCAAUGUCCGCACCCGGAACCUUCCCGGCAUGUCGGACGAGGACACCCUUCACCUCAUCUGGCGACGCAUAGCCCAUGCCGCACACAUACGGCGCGAGAAUGUCUUCAAGAACAGCACAAGCCUCGAGAAGAGCUGGAACGACGCCGAGCUCAUCACCUUCACUUACACGCCCAAUGUGACGGACACCAAGUUGGAGAACACGGACUUUGAGGCUUCCUUGGAGGUCAACGUCAAAUGCCAGACGUGUUACUUCAAAGCCGGGGCCAGCGUCGCCCUGACCAUUGACGGGGAGUUCGACUUUGGAGACGCGUUCCGCAACGUGACCGGCCAAGUCAUCGACGAGGCCAAGAACCUGACUGACUCGCUGGUGGAGAGCUUGGACGACGUAAUCCACUGGGGCGAGAUCAGGGACCUCUUUACCGAAGAUGACUUUGAGCUCGACGAGUUCAUCAACUUUGACAGGUUCGACGUCGACACCGACUUUGACAUUGAUCUCCCUCCUCUCCCUGCGGUUAAUCUCCUAUUCCAGAUCGACCACUUAGACCUCUACGUCGCUCUGGACACGACCAUCUCGGGCAAAGCCAGCCUGACAAUCCCAUUGUACAAGUCCCAGUCACCGGUCGGCAUCACGAUUGCUCCCGGGGUCGAGGCCGGUAUCUUUGCCACCAUGGACUUGCUCCUGAGCGCAGAGGCCGAGAUGAUCAUUCGCUCAGGAUUCCAUCUGCAGCUGCCAGAUCCCGUUGGAUUCCACAUCGCCCUCUUUGGCAAAAACGUGUCCAGCGUCAUCUUCGUCGCCGAGUUCCUCACCAACAUCACCGGCGGCGCCGAACAAGCCGCCAAGGAAGGCUGCGCCAUCAGAAUUGUGCAGGAAUACACCCUCGCCCUGGGCGCCGGCGCCGGCGCCACCAUCGCGGUCGGCCCCCACAGCUGGGGUGUCCAGCCGACCACCAGCGUGCCCAUCUUCUACACCACGCUCGCCGACGUGUGCGCCAUCACCGCCGACGCCCCCAAGCCCACCUCCACCCCACCCGCCAUCACCACGACGGCUACGACCAACAAUCGCCUGGUCCGCCGGGAGCGCUUCACCGCGCUCGUCUCGUCGGAGCUCUUCGACCCCGAGGGCGACGAGGACACGCCGACGGCGGUCGCCUACACCUCGCGCGCGCGCGAGUUCCACACGGGCAUCACCUGCGCCUCCGACGGCUUGGCAGUCUGCCCGCAAUCGCUGCUGCGCACGACGGUGCUGACGACGACCAAGACGUACGUGACCACAGUGCCGACCGACGUCGAGCCGAGCUUCCCGCAGCCGACGGCGGACACGGUCCCCAGCACCAUCCCCUUCGGCAAGAACGCCAACAAGCUGGCCGCCACCACGGGCGUCCCGGUCAGCUACGUGCCCCCGCCGCCUUCCUCGUCCACCACGGCCCGCACGGCCAAGCACGGGGAUGACGAGGACGGCGGCGUCCUCGACGACAUUGGCGACGUCUUGAACGGCAAGACCGGAGGCGUCUCCAAUAAGCUCAUCAUUGGCCUCAGCGUAGGCCUGGGCGUACCCAUCCUCGCGGCGGCCAUUGCCAGCUUGAUACACUGCAUCAGGCGCCGCAGGUAUGCCCCCCUGCCCAGAACGGAGGCUACCAAGGUCGAGUAUACAGGCGCGUAUCAGAGCCCGAUGGCUGCGGAGCGGGAGGCCAUGGUCAAGAAAUCUCCCGGUGUGUCGGUGAGCGAAGCCCACCACUGA